AUGGCGCAGUUACGGAAUCAGCGAGGUUCGAUUCGCCGUUCAUUUACGAGAACAUACAACGAAUUGAAAGAGGAGAUGGAAAAAGACGAUAAUAAAGCGGCAAUUAAAAUUUUGUGGAAACGACUGGAAGAUCGUUUUGAACAGCUGAAUAAAAUCGAUGAAGAAAUUCUUCAGGACUUACGAGAUCAUGAAGUGUCGCAAGAAGAAAUGGACGAGGAGUAUGAUGCAAUUCAAGAAUAUCGGGAUAAGUGGAACGAUUUGAAUCCGGUAGAUAUUCCAGCAAUGUUGCAAGACGAUAGGCAAUCACCCAGCUCGCGCACUCAUCGGUCAACAUCCAGCUCUCGUACUACUCAGUCAAAGUAUAAAUUACCAAAACUCAAAUUAGUCGAGUUCAGUGGCAGUCCAAAAGAAUGGUUGAAUUUUUGGAGCCAGUUCAAGAGUAUUCAUGAGGAUGAGAAUAUAUCGGAAGAAAUCAAAUUUCAAUACUUGAUUCAGUCGACAGUAAGCGAAUCAGUAGCUCGUCGAGUGGUUUGUAGUUUUCCUCCAACGUCGGAAAACUAUGCCAAGGCAAUCGAGCAUUUAAAAUCUCGAUUUGGAAAAGAAAAGGUCCUGAUCGAAUUCUAUGUUCGAGAAUUGUUAAAAUUGGUCUUAACAAACAAGGAUGGACAACAGAAAUCAUCAUUGGCAUCACUUUACGAUCAAUUAGAGACUCAGUUACGAGCUCUCGAAUCCUUGGGGGUGACAUCGGACAAAUAUGCAUCCAUGCUGUAUCCUUUGGUCGAAUCGGCAAUAUCGGAAGAAGUAUUGGUCACUUGGGAGAGAAUCAGAAAUCAAAGAGAAUUAAACGUCGCAGGGGACGACGAUCAGUUAAAGGAAUUGAUGAAAUUUCUCCGAAGUGAAGUCGAAAGCAAUAUCCGCAUAACAAUGGCAAAAGAGGGAGUAACUGAAGAAGAAGAAUUUUAUGAACCAGCCAAAAAACAAAGAAAACUGAUCUUCGACGCGGUAACUACUACAGACCUAUUCACCAAGUCUUCAUCAAAAUGUAUCUUUUGUGGAAAAUUCCAUCAAAGUCAUGUGUGUAGCAAUGCUGCAAAAUUAACAGUAAAAGAACGAUUUGCAAAGGCUCGUGAGGCAUCCCAGUGCUAUAAGUGCUUGAAUGGUAGUCAUCUGGCUAGGAACUGUAAGACGUUUGUAAAAUGCGUUUUGUGUAAUGGAAAUCAUUACAAGAUUUUAUGUACAAGAGAAGAGAAAAAACCUCUUCGUGAAAUAAACGUUUGUUCAUCUUAUACCGACGAAGUCAUUAUGCAGACACUUGUAGUUAAAAUAAACGGACCACAAAAACAACAGGCAGUCCGAGCAAUGUUAGACGGUGGAUCAGGUCGAUCGUAUAUUUCAAGUCCAGCAGUAAAAAAUUUUGGUCUACAAUCUGUCGGUACGAUAGGGUUAGCACACUCUCUGUUCGGUGGACACACGACAAAACUCCAAAAUCACUCUGUUUACGAGGUAAAUAUAUCCAGUAUGAACGAUUCUUUCCGAAAAAAUUGUCAACUAGUAGAAGUUGACAAAAUCUGUGGAACGAUUUACCCUACUCCAAGAGGUCCAUGGUUGAGUGAAUUACAAGAACGAGGUAUUCAGAUAUCGGAUGAAUUGGUUGAACAAUGCCCAAUCAACAUAUUAUUCGGAGCCAACAUUGCCAGCAAAUUGUACACAGGAAAAGUGGUUGAAACAGUAAGUGGACCAGUAGCAUUUCAAACGAAGUUCGGGUGGACCCUGACUGGUACAACCUCCGAUGAAAUUAAAAUGACUUCAGAAGACACAGUUUUGUUAGUGCACGCAAUGUUUGUCAGUGAAGCGAGUAUUCACGAUCUAUGGAAUCUGGACAUCAUCGGCAUUCAUGACCCUGUGGAAGAAAAGAGCAAAGAAGAACUAGCAAGAUCGGCGAUUAUUCACUUUAAUAAACAAACGAAAAGAUUACAAGACUGUCGAUAUGAGGUAGCGUUACCUUGGAUUGAAGGACAUCAAAAGGUAUCAGUAAACAGGGAAGUAGCAGAAAAGCGACUUUAUUCGUCAUUAUCUAAAUUGGAAAGUCUGGGAAAACUAGAACAGUACCAAACGGUGUUUGAUCAAUGGCGAUCGUUGGGUAUUAUUGAAGAGGUAAUGGAGAAAGAUGCACGAAAUAUGGACGUUAGUUAUCUACCACAUCAUCCAGUAUUUAAUGAAAAGAGUUUAACAACUCCAAUACGACCAGUGUUUGACGCUUCAGCAAAGUCAAAGGGAUCACCGUCAUUAAAUGAUUGUCUCGAAAAAGGGCAAAAUCUAUUAAUGGAAAUACCGGCGUUGCUCAUAAUGUUUCGAAUGAAGUUAUACGCAGCAAUAUCAGACAUAGCUAAGGCAUUCUUACAAAUUAGUGUAACACCGAACGAUAGAGAUUAUCUGCGAUUUUUGUGGAUUAAAGAUGGAAAGAUAACAGUCUUAAGACAUUGUCGAGUAGUAUUUGGAAUAUCGGCAAGUCCUUUCCUCUUAGCGGCUACGUUAAAUCAUCAUCUGGACAAUGUGAAGGAUGAAUUUCAAGAAACAGCAAGCUUGUUAAAAAGGUCACUGUAUGUCGACAAUUGUGUCAUGUCUGUUGAUACGAAAGAAGAACGAGACAAAUUUAUUAAGGAAUCAACAAGAAUUUGUGCAGAAGCAAAGUUCGACUUAAGAGGUUGGGUAUGGAAUGAAGGUGAGGUGUAUGCUGGGGAUGUUCCCGGAGUCGGCUCCACCGAGUGCGGAUUGGGAACAGGCAGCAGAACCUCUCAAGAAGCUUUCACUUCUGUACUUGGCCUCUUAUGGAACAAGUCUGAUGACACCUUAUCGUUGGACAUGCGAAAAAUAGCACAUUUUGGAAACAAUCUUGUGACAAAGAGAACUAUUUUAGCAGCUACGCACCAAGUUUUUGAUCCAAUAGGAUUUACGACGCCAGUUAUACUAAUGCCGAAAAUGUUAUUACAAGAAGUAUGCAAAAAGAAAUUUAAAUGGGAUGUGGAGGUUCCUGAUGACAUAAAACGAAGAUUUUUGUUCUGGCGCAACAACUUGAACAAUUUGUCAUCACUAAAAAUCCCAAGAUGGAUGGGUAGCAUGGAUGGAAGUAAGAAAUCACUUCACAUAUUCACUGAUGCAAGCAAGAGGGCAUACGCAGCAGUCGCCUUUCUGAGAUGUGAGUUAGAAGGUGAAAUGAAGAUACAACUGUUAUUGGCAAAAUCAAGGGUCACGACAAUAAAACCAAUAACAACACCAAGGUUGGAGUUAGUAGCCUGUGAAUGUGGAGCAAAAAUAGCAAACUACCUUCAAAACAUUAUGGGAACAACAGAGAUAAAGCUAUAUCUUUGGUCAGACUCGGAUAACGCACUGAGUUGGAUAAAGAGAAAGGAAAAUUGGCAAGUUUUCGUCUUUAACCGCGUAAAAACCAUAAAACAGUUUACCGAUGCCAAUGACUGGAGACACAUUCCUGGACAUUUAAAUCCGGCUGACCUUCCAUCAAGGGGAUGUACAAGUAGGCAACUAGUGGAAAAUAGAUGGUGGGAGGGUCCAGAUUGGUUGAAAAGAGAAGAAGAAUUUUGGCCGAAAUCUGUAAUUAAUUGUGAUGAAAAAGUGGUUAUGUCUGAAAAGAAGAAGAUUGUUGUGUCACAUUUAACGCAAGAGCUCGAAUCCGUACGAUAUUUUCGUAAGUUCAGCAAUUUGAGGAAGACUAUUCGAAUGAUUGCUUGGAUGAGGCGAUGGAUAGCGUACAAACGGAAUCAACCACGUCUUGGGGACUUAUCGAUGUUGGAAGAAAACGAAGCAGAAACAUGUCUUUGGCGAAUGGUACAGAAAGAUGCUUUUAUGGAAUCAGACAAAGUGCUAACUCAACUAAACGCGAAAAAGGAUCAAUCGGGCAUAUGGCGAGUAGAAACAAAGUUGUUAUUUAGAAAAGACACAGAAGGCUUCCGACGUCCAAUAUUGUUGCCAAAAGAUCAUCCUGCAGUAGAACGACUAGUUCAAAAAGAACAUCUCGACAUGAGACAUUGUGGUACACAAAUACUAAGAAGUACUCUUCGGGAAAAAUUUUGGAUUAUUAAUGCACGAGUAAUCACUAGACGAGUAAUACACCAGUGUAAAAGGUGUAUUCGGUACACUGCAAAGAAGAUGACAGCUCCAGAACCAUCAUUACCAGAAAACAGAGUGAGAGAGGCAGUACCAUUUGAAGUGACGGGUGUAGACCUUGGAGGACCAUUAACAUUGGUCAAUGGCAAAAAAGCUUGGUUCGUUGUGUUUACGUGUGCCGUUUAUCGGGCUAUACAUUUGGAACUAAUAACGUCAUUGUCAACAAUCGGGUUCAUCCAAGCGUUACGACGAUUCAUAGCACGGAGAGGCAGACCGGAAGUCAUUUACACGGACAAUGGUACAAAUUUCACGGGUACAGAAAGCUUAAUGGAUAAAUUGGACUGGGAAGAAAUCGCUGCCCAAUCAGAAGCUAGAAGAAUCCGAUGGAUUUUCAAUCCACCAAGUGCACCAUGGUGGGGAGGAUGGUGGGAGAAAAUUGUUGGCAUGGUAAAACAACUUGUGAGGAAAAGCUUAGACAGAGCAUUAUUGGAUUACGAAGAGAUGUCAACGGCCUUAUGUGAUUUCGAGCAGCUAAUCAAUUUGCGACCUUUAACAUAUUUAUCCGAAGACCCCAAAGAACUUAUUCCGAUUACACCAAUGAUGUUCCUCAAUGAAGCAAAGAGUUGUGAUGUCAUCGAUCUAGAUAAAAUAGAAUCGAGUUCAUUCGGCGAAAAAUUCAAACAGCGUCAAGUAAUUAGAGAAGAACUACGUGAAAGAUUUAGAAAAGAAUAUUUAAGUCUUCUGGUGCACAGGAACAUUCGGUUAAGUGAAUACAAAGAAAUAAAAACGGGAGAUGUUGUGAUUGUAGAAGAGGAAAACAAAAAACGAGUACAUUGGCCUGUUGCGCGAGUCAUUGAAACCUUUCCCGGUCAAGACAAAUUAAUUCGAAGUGUAAAGAUUAGGCUGAUAAGAAAUGGUAAAAUUGUGGAAAUUGAUCGGCCAAUUCAACGGUUAUAUAUGUUGGAGUCGUCUACUGACAAUGUCAAAGAUUUGGUGGAAGAUGACGGACAAAUCAAGAAACCAAUGACAAAGCAUAUGGAAGGUAACGAACCAUCGUCAUCAGAAGGUAACGAACCAUCGUCAUUGUCAGGAGGAAACGAACCAUCGUCAUUGGCAGAAGGUAACGAACCAUCAUCAUUGGCAGAAGGUAACGAACCAUCGUCAUCAGAGACAAAGAAACAAUUAACGUUGGGAAACAGUGAACCAUCAUCAUCAUCAUUAGAACUUAGACAAAGUAAUAAGACUGACAUGAAGGUACAAGAAGUUAAGGUGACACGAAGUGGCCGGAUAGUGAACAAACCGAAUAGAUUUGGAUGUUAA